CCAUGUGUCUGCAUUCUGCUGCCUGUUUAGUCUGGCCUGACUCCCAUCCACGUAGCAGCUUUUAUGGGUCACCUGAACAUUGUACUGCUCCUGCUGCAGAACGGAGCCUCAGCGGAUGUCAGCAAUAUACGUGGAGAAACAGCGUUACACAUGGCAGCCAGGGCUGGCCAGGUGGAGGUGGUCAGAUGUCUGCUGAGAAACGGAGCCAUGGUGGAUGCUCGGGCACGGGAGGACCAGACUCCUCUUCACAUCGCGUCCCGUCUUGGGAAAACGGAGAUUGUGCAGCUGUUGCUACAGCACAUGGCCCAUCCUGAUGCUGCCACAACCAAUGGCUACACCCCGCUCCACAUCUCUGCUAGGGAGGGGCAGGUGGAGACCGCCUCGGUGCUGCUGGAGGCUGGGGCUUCCCAUUCAUUGGCUACAAAGAAAGGGUUUACUCCUCUGCAUGUGGCUGCCAAGUAUGGAAACCUAGAUGUGGUCAAACUGCUGAUGCAGCGCUGUGCGCCUCCUGAUUCUGCUGGAAAGAAUGGCCUCACUCCCCUCCAUGUUGCAGCACAUUAUGACAACCAAAAGGUGGCGCUCCUGCUUUUGGACAAAGGAGCGUCUCCCCACGCAAUGGCUAAGAAUGGCUACACUCCUCUGCAUAUUGCGGCUAAGAAGAACCAGAUGGACAUUGCCACAGUGCUGCUGCAAUACGGCGCAGAGACCAACAUCCUGACCAACCAGGGGGUCACACCGCUCCAUCUGGCCUCCCAGGAGGGUCACACACACAUGACAGCUCUGUUAAUCAGCAAAGGAGCCCAGAUCAAUGUCUCCACCAAGAGUGGCCUAACCGCACUCCAUCUGGCAGCCCAAGAAGACAGAGUAUCGGUUGCUGAGAUUCUCUCCAAGAACGGUGCCAACUUGGACCACCAGACUAAACUGGGCUACACCCCACUAAUUGUAGCGUGUCACUAUGGUAAUGUCAAGAUGGUGAACUUCCUUCUUCAAAACGGGGCCAGUGUUAACGCCAAGACAAAGAGUGGAUACACUCCGCUUCAUCAAGCUGCCCAGCAAGGAAACACACACAUCAUCAAUGUUUUGCUUCAGUAUGGGGCCAAGCCCAACGCCAUUACUGUGAAUGGAAACACUGCGCUGGGUAUAGCUCGGAGGCUGGGCUAUAUCUCUGUGGUGGACACAUUGCGAGUCGUCACUGAGGAGACCAUCACCACCACUACGACGGUGACAGAGAAACACAAGCUGAAUGUGCCUGAAACCAUGACUGAAGUACUGGAUGUAUCAGAUGAAGAAGGUGAUGACACAAUGACAGGUGACGGCGGAGAGUAUCUGAGGCCUGAAGACCUCAAGGAACUGGGAGACGAUUCCCUGCCAGGACAAUACCUGGAUGGGAUGAACUACCUCCGUUUCAGCCUAGAGGGGGCGCGCACUGAGAGUGGAGUCCAAUGUUCAGACAGGUCCUUCACACCCACCCAUCAUAGCUACUAUUCUCCAAGACAUGAUGGUAUGAUGGACGAGAUGCUCACCUGUCACAAGGUUUCAUCACUUGCAAGGGAGAAUGAGAGGGAUUCCUACAGACUGAGUUGGGGAACAGAGAACCUGGAUAAUAUUGCUUUGUCCUCCAGUCCUCUUCAUUCAGGCCGUUCCUCUCCGUGCCAUGAUCAUGGAGACCACAGCAGCUUCCUGGUCAGCUUCAUGGUGGACGCCAGGGGUGGAGCCAUGCGUGGUUGCCGACAUAAUGGCCUCCGCAUCAUUAUUCCACCCAAGAAAUGCAGCGCCCCAACAAGGGUCACCUGUCGACUGGUGAAACGGCACCGUCUGGCCACCAUGCCCCCCAUGGUGGAGGGCGAGGGUCUGGCCAGCAGGCUUAUUGAAGUGGGGCCAUCUGGAGCCCAGUUUCUUGGUAAACUCCACCUCCCUACUGCCCCUCCACCUUUAAAUGAGGGAGAGAGUUUGGUUAGCAGAAUCCUUCAGCUUGGUCCACCGGGGACUAAAUUUCUUGGUCCUGUGAUUGUUGAAAUCCCCCACUUUGCCUCACUCCGAGGAAAGGAGCGGGAGUUGGUGAUCCUCAGAAGUGAGACAGGAGAGAGCUGGAAGGAGCAUCAAUGUGAAUACACACCAGAGGAACUCAAUCGGAUUCUGAAUGGCAUGGAUGAGGAACUGGACCCUCCAGAGGAGCUGGAAAGGAAACGCCUUUGCAGAAUUAUUACAAAAGACUUCCCCCAAUAUUUUGCAGUGGUGUCACGCAUCAAGCAGGACAAUAAUUUGAUUGGUCCUGAAGGAGGCAUCCUAAGCAGUACUGUUGUGCCUCAAGUGCAGGCAGUUUUUCCAGAGGGGGCGCUCACCAAGAGGAUUAGAGUUGGACUUCAGGCGCAGCCAGUGAAUGUAAGUGUGGUGAGAAAGAUCCUUGGAAACAAGGCCUCCUUCAGUCCCAUUGUCACCCUGGAGCCUCGCAGGAGAAAGUUCCAUAAACCCAUUACCAUGACCAUCCCUGUCCCCAAGAGCAACUCUGACCCAAAUCUUAAUGGCUUUGGAGGGGACACGCCCACAUUACGACUGCUCUGUAGCAUAACUGGAGGAACAACACCUGCACAGUGGGAGGAUAUAACAGGGACAACACCAUUAACAUUUAUUAAUGAUUGUGUCUCCUUCACCACCAACGUUUCUGCAAGGUUCUGGUUGAUAGACUGUCAACAAGUCCAGGAAUCUGUCAACUUCUCCACUCAAGUGUAUCGAGAGAUCAUCUGCGUUCCCUACAUGGCCAAGUUUGUGAUCUUUGCCAAGACCCAUGACCCAAUUGAGGCCCGGUUGCGCUGUUUUUGCAUGACUGAUGACAAGAUUGAUAAAACACUGGAACAGCAGGAGAACUUCACUGAGGUGGCUCGGAGCCGGGAUGUAGAGGUACUGGAAGGGAAACCUAUAUAUGCAGACUGUUUUGGAAACCUGGUUCCACUCACCAAAAGUGGCCAACAUCAUCUGUUCAGCUUCUAUGCCUUUAAGGAGAACAGGCUAGCACUCUUCAUCAAAAUCCGAGACAACACCCAGGAGCCAUGUGGUCGACUGUCAUUCAUGAAGGAACCUAGGAACUACAGGUCACUUCACCAAAAUGCCAUAUGCAACCUCAACAUCACGCUUCCAUCUUAUAGCAAAGACUCAGAUUCAGAACAAGAGCAUGAGGAACAGACCGGCAGAACCUUUGAGAAAUAUGAAGAGACGGAGACUUCAGUCCUGAAAUCUGAGCUGAUUCGAGAACCAGAUCUUCUGUCCGACGUGUCAGAGAUGAAACAGGAUUUGAUCAAAAUGACUGCCAUCUUGACCGCAGACUCGACAGAGAAAUCCCCUUCCUUAGGAAGGUGUGGUCCAGAGAAGGGGACAGAGGAAGUUUCUGGAGAACCUUUAGAAAUAAUGGAAAAGGACUUGGAGAAAGUCAAGGAGGACCUUGAGAAAGUCAGUGAGAUACUGAGAAGUGGAACAUAUGAGGGUGAGGUGGGAGAGGAGGCAGCUAACACAACUAGAAUAGCUGAAGAGUGGGUACUUCUCUCAGACUCUGAAAUAGAAGAGGCAAAAAAAAUGGCUGGCCUAGGAGUUCAGGAACCCAUCUUGCGUGACAGUAAGGCUAAGAGAGGGGCUCCUAGACCAAAAGCCAUCAAGAGCAGUGGUGACCUUAAAGAAUACCUCCUGGAUGCACCAGUGAGCGCCAAAGUAAAGACUAAAAAGGAUACAGGUGUCCAAGAAAAAUUCACUGAUGUUGUACUACGGAAAAGUGCAAGACCGUCCGCUCAAGUCAAAUCCCAUGAAAGAAGCAUAACUGCUGAUGUUAAAAAACCAGUUAGAAGGAAGGGGAAAGAUCAGGAGCAGGCAGAGGGAUUAACAGAGGCAGGAGCUCUUCUUAGCGUACCAACAGCUUCCGCUUCUGCAUCACCUGUGUCCCCAGUUAUUGAAGAAACCCCUAUAGGAUCAAUAAAGGACAAAGUCAAAGCCUUACAACAAAAAGUUGAGGCUGAGCAAAAGAGCCAAAAAGCCACUGGAAGCAAACCCUCCCAUUUGCCUUUUAUAAGUAAAUCAUCACCAAAAGCCAAAGAAUCAUCUAAAUCCAAACUUUCUAAAUCCCCAAAAGCUGAAUCAGAAAAGCUUGAGGAAACAAUGUCAGUUAAAGAACUGAUGCAAGCAUUCCAGACAGGACAGGAUCCCUCAAAGAGAAAGUCUGGGUUAUUUGAGGUUAAAACAGCUACAUCAAAAUUAGAAAAAGCCACACCAUCUCAUUCUGUUCAAUCAAAAUCUAUGACGAAAGCAAUGACCUCACAUGCCUCACAAGGUCAAGAAGUAUUGUUGGAUCCCAAAAAUGCCAUAAAACAGACGACUUUGCAGGAAAAAUAUAAAGAAAUCAAAUCUAGCACUCACUCAGAACCAUCUGAAACACUGGACUUUGGAAAUGGUGGUGUUGACAAUAGCUCUGACAACUGUAAACAUGAGGGUGUGGCCAAAUCACUAAGUGGCAGUUCUGGAGAUCACCUUAACUCAAAGGACCGUUACAAACAUGAGGGACUGACCAGUUCAGGCACAAGCCCUGAGAGUCCGUCUGGACUACAGUCAACUACAACAUUGUCAUCAACUUCCACAAAAGUUAAAGACCUUACAGACAAGGACAAGUCUGGAGACUCUGGUGUAGGGUCUUCUGGUGACCAGGUAUCUACAGAAUUGACACUCCGUGUCUCUUCCAGCGAGGCUGCAGAUGACCACACAACAAGUGAGUCAAUGUCUGUUAGGAGGGCUGAAUCUAAGCCAACUAGACCACAAAACCUUAUUAAGAGAGUUUCAGAAACUGUAGAAACAUUUCUCAGUGAUGAUGAUAGCCCUGAUGAUGAGAUAGUAUUGCCAUUAGUUGGUUCUCCAGUCUCUAGAUCCCCAUGUAAGUAUGAUGAAAGCUUUGACCUACCAUUAAAGCAAGAAUCGGAUGCCCUCAGUCCAUUAGCUGAUGACUCUUUGACAAUAAGCCACAGAGACUCUCUAGAGUGUAGCCCUCUGAUUGAAGAAAAUUCUUCCCAUAAAUCCCCAGACUCUAUUGAGCCCAGUCCAACCACAGAAUCAUCCCCUCGUGAUUCCCUGGAGAGCAGUCCUGUACAGCAAAAAAGCCACCCAUCAUUCCUACCAGUACGCAAUGCUAAUAAAUCGUCUAACCACACAUCAUCCUCUAAGGCUAAAGACCUCCCCCAAGAUGUUUUUCAUGUUAGGCUGCUUGGAGACCUUGAACCUAGUGCUGAUGAUGACAGUUGUGAGCAGACAUCUCAGAUGACAAGUUCGGGUAAGAGUCUCCUCUCCCCUGAUACACCUAGUUCUGAAGAGGUAAGUUAUGAGGUAAACCCCAGACUCCUUGAUAAUGCAUUCCUGUGCAUUUCAUUCAAACCGGCUGCCAUCCCUGAAGACCCAGCAGAGGAUGAUGCAACAUACAACUAUGAAGCUAAGAAAAAAAUCACUCCAGAGGAGGAAAUGUUUAAGAUGGCUACCAAAAUAAAAACAUUUAAUCAAAUGGAACAAGACCCAAAGAGCAACAGGAGGUUUAGCAAAGAUCUGUUUUUCUCAGGAGAUGACAAGACAGGGGAUAACAGUUGUGAAACAUUACAGCCCAGCCGUGAAAAGCUUUCGCAAAGUGAAUGUCAACUCAAUAGACACACAGAAGAUUCAAAAAUAGCUAAUUUUAUUGGUCCAGAUAUUAAAGUACAACCUCCCUCUCCUUUUUCAGCAGGUGUGCAUGAUGGAACCCAGAGCAAAGAGGUCAAGAAUACAUCAGCCACUGUCACUUCAGAGGGAUCUCAUUCUGUCUCAGACCAGCAUCAUUCAAAAUCCAAUCUGAAAACUUCAUGGGAAGAAGUCCCAUCAUCUACUAAAGCUGUUAACCAUGUUUGUAACACAUCAGCAACUUCAAGCAUUGAAAACAGGACAGAUGAACAAAAACGGGAGAGUUUGAAAAGGUCAAGUGAUAAUGUAGAUAAUAGAGGUCAUAUGUUAGAUGUUAGCAAGGUACAGACAGGUAUGCAAAAACCAAAUUGCAAUGUAACAGAUGAGGUGAAAGAGGAUAGAUGGGGUCAUGCAGGAGGACCAAAAGCUGGGCUUUGUCCUGAAGUUGCUACAAGUCAAACAAAAUAUGAGGUCUUUAUCUACAAUGAUGGUGAAGAAGAUAAUGAGGCAUCAAAUCUUCCUAGAACUGAAUCAAAAGGAGUAACUGCAAGAGUGGAGACUGAGUCAUGGUCUGCCAUGCGAGAAGAUGAUGUCACUUUUGCAGCACGUGUAAAAGACGAAGAACAGAAGAUCCUGAAUCUGGUGAUGGACCGUCAGUCUGUGCAAGCAACUCCAGAUACCACACCUGGUAGAACACCAACAGAAGAGAGCACUCCUACCAGUGAGCCCAACCCUUUUCUUUUCCAGGAAGGGAAGCUCUUUGAAAUGACACGGAGUGGUGCGAUUGAUAUGACUAAGAGAAGCUAUGAGGAAGAGGGGGGUGGCUUUGCUUUUUUUCAGAUAGGUGACCAGUUUUUAGAGGAGCCUACCGUAAAUGAGCGCAGGCAAGAAAAUAGAUCAGCUGGAGAAUCAGCAGUAGGUCUCAAUUUAACACUGGAGCUUAAAAUUGGGGAAGAUGUAAUAUUAAAAGAUAUUACUGAUUCACAGCUUCAGUCCCCAUCUGAGGGAGAUCAGUUAGGCUGUAAAGCUGAUACAUCUAAGUCUAAAAUCCCUAAAAUGGGCAUUUCAGCUUCUACCAAAACUUCAAAGAAAGAUCUGGUAUGCCCUGAACCUCUUGAGACUAAAACAGAAAAUAACAUAAGUGAAGGAUCAUUAGAUUUAGAAACAACUGAACAACCAAUAACAAAUGUACAGACUGCAGAAACUACUGUAACUAGAUCGGUUUACUCUGAGCAAGGCCAAGAGUCCUCUGAUUCCUCCCCAGAAGAAACAAAGUCAGUGGUAGAAGCCCACAAAACAACAGGCAAGCAGCCACUUAAAGGUACUUCCCAAAAUGGUAAAAAGAUACAAAGCACAGCCAAAGCACAAGCUAGGUCUGUUCCACAGAGUCGAGCAAAGUCUAUAAUUCCCUCACCCUCUCAUGUAUCAACCCCCCCAACAGCUGUUAAAAAAGACACCUACUUUACUUUAGACUCUAAAUCCAGGAUACCUAUCAAGGCUAGCUCUGCCAAACCUGAUUCUCAUGCCAAACAUGUGGAAUCCGCUCAAGAGAAAAAGCUUAAAGUUCCUGUAAAAAAGGGUACUAGGAGAAAAUCUGAGACAGAUGCAGGUCCUUCUGUGGAUUUUAAAACUAAAACACAAUCUUCUAAAGCCAAAAGCUUCUGUGAGGGGGAGUCUACCAGAUCAUCUAUUAAAAAGGAGCAGGAUUGUCCCGCGAGCGUUGAGUCUGCAAGAUCUAAAGGUUUUCAGUCCAGGUUGCCAGUCCGUGGAAAAACUACUCAUUCAUCUCAUUCAACAACAUCCACUAAACCAAAAAGCAAACUACAGAAACAGACUAUUGAGUUCUUUGAAGAGAUCAGUGAUGAAGCAGCAAAAGUCGUGGCAAGGUUGGCACAGGCUGAGACAGAUAAAGAUGAAGAAGCUGUGACUGCUCUCUCAGAUGACGAGAGCAGUCUUAUUGAUCCAUCCAUUAUUGAAAGAGAACCUUUCCCAGAUCUGCGGUUCCCACCCUCAGGAGACGUCUUUCCCAUUAGACCACUGUGGGACGACCCUGUUGAGACACAGAUGCAGCGAAUUCCAGAUGAUAAAGUCCAAAGUCAAGUAGAUCCACAGGAUGAAGCAGAAAGAAAUGAGCAACGGUUGGCCAUUAUAGCUGAUCACCUGGGCUUCAGUUGGACUGAGUUAGCACGAGAAUUGGACUUCAGUGAGGAGAAAAUCAACCUGAUAAGAACUGAAAACCCAAACUCUCUGCAAGAUCAAAGCCAUGCCCUUCUGAACCUUUGGACUGUGACAGAAGGACACAGUACCUCAGCAGAAUCAACACUUAUAAAGAGGUUGACAAAGAUCAACCGGAUGGACAUUGUUCAUCUUAUUGAAACCAAGAUAAACAAAUCUGCUGAAGAGGAGACAUCUUCACAUACCUACGCAGAGAUUGAACAAACCCUCAUGCUGGACCACAGCGAAGGUUUUGGCACCAUUCAUGAAGAUAUUGACUGUCCAAGGUCAGGCAGAUGUGAAGAAGCUGCUGGCAGAAGCCCAGUUUUAGUUCAAGAAGUUCCUGUGGUAUCAGCAGAGGAGCUAUCUACUAGUUUAUCAUCGCUUCAUGAAACAUCAGGACGAUUUGAGGCAGGUCCUGUGGCUACAGAAUUCAUGAGAAAAGGCCAGAGAGAAAAACUACAAAGAGAGUUGGAAACAACAAACUCAUCACAAAGUAUAUAUGAAGAAGUGACAGACCUGGUACAUGUUGGGAGUUACAAGCAAGAGAUAGCAGAGGAGCUAGGAGCACUGUCCUCUGAUAGCUCAGAGGAGGAGGUGCUGACCACCAGAGUGGUCCGACGCAGAAUAAUCAUUCAGGCGGAUAUACUGCCAGACAUUCCACCACAGACUGUGACUGAAGAGAAAUACACUGAUGAGCAUGGCAACAUGGUAGUGAAGAAGAUCACGCGGAAGGUGAUUCGUAAAUGUAUGUCUCCGGAUGGGUCAGAAACACAGGAAGUGAGCAUUGAUGGCUCCCACCAGGAGAUGGUGAAGGUAGAGGAGGGAGAUGCUGUGUCCAGAGUGGCAAAGAGAACUGUGCUUCACAGCAGGGGGGACCAGAAAGAGCUGACCUUUUCCGAACCCCUGGCUCUGGGUGCCACCACAGUGUCAGAGUUUGAGGUGGAACCUAUUCAGGGUCGAAAAGUCAGCAAAGUUGUCAAGACGACCGUAGUCAGGGGUGAGAGGAUGGAGAAGCAGAGAGGAGACCCCUUGUUGUCUGCAGACCUCCCCUCAGCCCAGGAGGACUUUGAAAAGGCAUUGAGUUAUGCUGGAGGUUUUGGCAAAGUGCUGCUGCCUCAUGUGGUAGAGAAGGAGAUGGUACAGGAGGACGGUUCUGUGGUUAAAAGAAGCCAGAUGUAUAAGUCACGCACCCAGAAGAGGACCGUGGUGAGGGAUGCCCAGGGGAAGCAUGUACACCUGGAACGUCUGGACGACACCCCGGACGCUCUGCAGCCCGAUGCCCUGCAGCAGCACUUGCACCACCUGCUCCAAAGGUACUGUGAGGAUGACCAGGAGGAGGAGGAAGACGAGGAAGAGGAGCAGGAGAGCCAUGACUGAACCCUUACAUCUUCCAGUGAAACUUUUGGUGACGUUCUUUCUCAGAGUCAGAUGUUCUCCUCUCCAGUUGUUGGUUUGUAGAUUUCAGAACAUGAUUUGUCUUUAACAAUAUUUAUUUCCAUUUGCUCUAAUUUUGACCAAAGAAAGCACCUCUCAAAGUUUUAGAUCUUUUAUUUCAUAGUGUUCAGCUGCUCCGACGUGUUGGAGGUUCAACUCACCAACAUGAUGUUCAUGGGCCUCUUCUUCAAGAACUCUUGUAAAGAUUUAUACAUAAAGAAGAUGAAAGGAAUCAACCCUAACCCUAGCAUUUAAUACAGCAUGAAAACCUGCUGUACAUGUCCUCAUAUAUCUGGAGAAAUUACUCAUAAAAUUACUGUUCCAUGGAGAUAAUAAAAUGGUGAUGGUGUGUGUGUUUCAGAACCAAACCUAUAUGAUCAUAGCUUUUAUCUUCAUGCAUCAACCCUUAUUUCAGUUUAAGUCCACUGUGUCACAUUGUAGCGUUGUAGAGCCUCGUCUGGCAUGUGACUGUAAAUAGUGUGUUUAUUGAAAAAGAAAGUAGUGAUGAGGAAUGUGUCAACGCACCUGGAGCACCUCUCCCCACCCCUACGUUCUACUACCUAUUACUGAGAACUGUUGCAUGUUCUCAGCACUUAAAAGUUAGAUUUCCAAACUUUUAACAGAGAAAAACCUAAGUCAGAUUUCUCUGAAGACAAGUUUAUGAAGAAACUGCUGAAUGGAAUGUUGAAGGGUUGUGUGAGGUAGUAAUCAGUAGUCAUUACUACAUGUGCAGUAAAGUGAUGUUUUAUUAGCCUGGCCAUCGCGUUUGAUUCUUAUUUCCCUUCAGUGCUCAUUUUCAUUUCUCCCAUAGACCAAUCAGCAAACAGCAGAAAUAGUGACACUGUUUUAGAAUUGUAGUCCAUCUGUAGUUUCAGCAAUGGCAGCGGAGGAAGAGAAGGAAGCCGUUCAGUCUGUCUUGAUCAGCUUUCACAUAUUAACAUUAACAGCUGUAUUGUUCAGCUCUUCUCUCUUCACAGUGGAAGAUGGUUGUUCACAGCACUAGCUGGAAAGCUUCUUAGCAUAGAACUGACAUAUGUCACGGGCAAACAUUAGCAGUUGGGUAAAAUUGAAAACUUCAACACAGUCCAGGAAGCAAUCGUGUCUCAAUAGCCAGUCAAGAGCCUCUGAACGAAGCGAAGCAUAGGUUUUUUGUUUUGUUUUUUUUACCAGGAUAGCAAUUUAUCAACAUGAGUUUGCUUAGAAAGACAAAUUAA